AUGUCUCAUUCACACCCAGUUCAUGCGCCCAGGCGUUCAAAUUCGAUAGUCUCCAUUCCAAAGACAGACUCGGUUGCAUCAUUCUCUUCACGGGCACCAAACAACAACCAUCAUCAUAACAACGCGAACAUUGCACCGCGCAAGGACAAUGGCCGCCGGAACCAGCCUCAGAAACAGCAUAAGCAAGGCAACCGCGGCAAGCAAAACAACUCCGACCAACGCACCAACACCGAAGACAUCAAGUCCGAAGACGAAAGCCAGGUUGUGAGCAAGAGGCCCGGAAAAGGCAACGCUGCUCGCAACAACAACAACAAGCAGCAGGCUAAAGUUGUGAUUCUGAACAGGAAUGCUCCGCUUAGCGAGCAGCAGGCGUUGUUGGACAAGCUGGCUAUGCCUACCCCACCAAGCUCAGCACCGCCGGUUGUGCAGAAUGUGCGUACGCCCAGUAAGCGCGGCAAUCGUCGUCGUAAUAAUAGUCCGCCGCAUGAGGACGAGGCGAUUAUUUCGUCUUACUCGAUGCCCUCGAUGCCGGCUCCGGCUUUGGCUGCGGCGCAGCGCACGCCCCCUCGUCGCCCGAACAACAAUAACAACAACAACCGCCAGCAGCAGCAGAUGCUUGCGGGCAUCAACCUCAACCUGUCGACUAUCUAUAGCCCGACGCCCCGUGGCGGAGCCAACCAAGGAAUGCCUACGGGGGGACCCAUGGCCAGCACGCCCACUCGCGGCGGCGGCAGCCCGUCCACCAAGUCCAACCACUACGCCGGCGCUUCCUUCAACAACUCGCCCGCGCCCAACACGCUGCCCCUACCGUCGUCAUUCCGCUCUCCCACCAGCGGGCUCAACCCGGUAUCCCCCAGCAGCCCAUCCGCGGUAGUCGGCGGUACCCGCGACGAGGACGUUUUUGGCAUGGGCUCUCCCAUGUUUAUCAACAGCGGGCCCAUGAGUCCCGACCAGCUGCUUGCUCAGCAGCACCGGUAUGCUCACUACCAGAGGCAGCAGCAACAGGCCGUUUCCAUGUUCCCUGUGCACGGCAAUGUCAAUGUGGCGCUUAGCGAGCGCUCGCGGCAGCUGGAGAGCAUGCUGCUCGGGGGCGAUGCCUUUGGCCAUGGCGGGGGUAUGCAGCAGAUGGGUGCGUUCUACGAGAGCCACUCGGCUGUGGACUUGACGCAGCCGGAGACUGAUAUGGCCAGUAUGUUUCAGAAACUGCGCCUGAUUAAGGAGAUGUCUCAGAACAGGUCUUCGACCGUGUCGCCGCUGCCUAGCAAUAGGGCACCGGCGUUCGCGCAGCAGCAGCAGCAACAGCUCACUGCUGUGCACUACGCUUAA